UGGCGCAGAGACGAACACGAAAAACCAGUCAUGACUCAAAUUGAGGGUGUGUCUUCAGCGGCUGCCGGAGAUCUGGGCGCAUAGCUGCAGACCGCAGUCGAGUAAUCCACAGCAAAAAAAGUGACAGGCUUAGGUCGACCUCCCUUCGCUUGGGAAAAUAACGCGCUGGUCUGUGAGACUCGGCAGAACAGAACUUUACUGACUUCGCAUUUGAACUGCGCUGUUCUGCGGGUCUGGUUUCGGCUCCGGCGAGGGGGCGAGGAAUUGAGUGGUUGGUUUGAUUGAACUGCUGUUGGUCACCAUGGGGGAUGUUGUGUCAGCUCACCUGGACGAAAGUAAAAGGCAGUACAUAUCAGAGAAGACGGGGAAGGUGGCGGGCGAGUUCUGCAGGUACUAUGAGCAGCAGUUCGGUGUGGCGCUCUUCAACAGCGUGCGCUACGAGAUCGAGGGCAACGGCGGACCGCAGACACAGCUCCUUCACCGCAAGGCGCCCCUGGAGGACAAGUCGAUAUUCUCCGGGAACCUGUUCCAGUACCUGGAGGAAAACAAGAAGUGGAGGAACCGGUUCUUCUUCAUCCCGGAUUGCUACGAGGUGCUGUUCUACGAGACCCGGCUGGCCUACGACAGAGGGCUGCACCCCAAGGGAGCUAUCAACUGCGCUGGGUACAAAGUGCUGACAUCACUGGAGCAGUACCAAGAACUGAUCAACAGCAGCCUGCCCAACCUCAAGGUGAAGCCUGGCUCCCAGUACCUGAGGUGUGCCACUCAGUACCCCAUCAUCCUGUGGCACCCGUACAGCCGGCACUUGUACUUCUGCGUCCUGACAGAGAAGGAGCAGCAGAAAUGGCACGCCGUGUUCCAGGACUGCGUGCGGCACGCCAGCAACGGGUUACCGGAGGACUCCAGAGUGGAGACACCGGCCUUCACCGAUGCCAUCCGGAUGUACCGGCAAGCCAAGGAGCAGUAUGGCACCUGGGACAUGAUGUGUGGCAGCCCCGUGCAGAUUCUGUCGAACCUGGUGAUGGAGGAGCUGCACCCUGAGCUGAGGAAUAUGAUCAGCCCCAGACUGAAGGGCAAAGUUCAGGAGAGACAGAGGCACUGGAUAUUGAUCUCAGAUGCCGUGUACCGGAUAGUGCAGACGCAGUGCCAGGCUCAGUAUGAGGCUGUAGUGCAGCGCUGUGAAGCAGGGCGCCCCCCGCUGGAGAGUUCAAUACGCACAGACAUGGACCAGAUCAUCACCUCCAAGGAGCACAUCGCAAACAAGAUCAGAGCCUUUGUGAUGCCCAAGGCAGAGAAGUGUGUGAAGAGCCACGUCCAGCCCUACAUCUCCUCCAUCCUGGACGCUCUGAUGAGCCCCACCAGCAGGGGCUUCUCCGAGGUGCGCGAGGUCUUCUUCCGCGAGAUCGUGGAGAUGAACAAGAACGCCAUCAACGAGGGGGGCCAGGAGAAGCUGGGCGAGCACAUGGAGAAGAUCUCGAUGCUGGCCUUCCACCCUGUGAAGAUGCAGAGCUGCUAUGAGAAGAUGGAGGAGCUGCAGCUGGAGGGUCUGCAGCAGAGGUUCGACGUGUCCAGCCCUGCCGUGUUCGUGCAGCGUGCACAGAUCCUCAUGAGAGAGCAAAUGGACAAUGCGGUUUACACGUUCGAGCAGCUGCUGCACCAGAGUCUGGAGAAUUCGGCGGACAAGGAGGAUCUGUGCAAGGCCAGCCAGCGCAUCCAGGACAGAGUGAUCAAGAAAUACGACUACGACAGCAGCACGGUGAGGAAGAAGUUCUUCAGAGAGGCUCUCCUGCAGAUCAUUAUCCCCUACAUGCUCAAGAAGCUGGAGCCGUCCUGCAAAGCCGAGCUGCCCAAGUUCCAGGAGUUGAUUUUCGAGGAUUUCUCCAAGUUCAUUCUGGUGGAGAACAUCUUCGAGGAGGUGGUCCUCCAGUCCGUCAUGAAGGACAUCAUGCUGGCGGUGAAGGAGGCGGCGGUCCAGAGGAGGCACAACCUGUUCCGGGACAGCAUGGUCCUGACCAACAGUGACCCCAACCUGCACCUGCUGGGAGACGGGCCCUCCAUCGACUGGGAGAGCCAGUACGGCGGGGGUCUGGAGGAGCCUGACUCCGCAGACCUGCCGAUCACUGAGAAGAGGCGGCGCAUGAAGCAGGUGGUGUCCAUGAUCCAACUGGAGGGGAUGCCACCGCUGCCCCACGAGUCCUGCCUGGAGGUGCCGACGGAGAAGGGUAUCCCCGAGGAACAGGAGCCAGAGGUGGGGAGCGAGCCGGAGGUGCCCACCUCCCCGGAUAGCAUCCACCAGAUCAGAGACUUGAUAAACCCAGUGGUCACGCUAGAAACCAGCGUCCCUGCAGCGGACAGCCCCCCGCUCACUAACGGAACUGUGCCCCAGCCUGGGCAAAAAGCCGAAAGUAAAGAGGAGCAGAAAGCGGACCCUUCCCCUGCCUGUUUGGAACAGCCCUCUUCAGUCACCUCCCACGACGACAGCGGCUUCCAGUCCCCAGCCAGGGAGGAGGCGGAGGAUGAGCAAGCUCAGCCAAUCACAAAAGACCCAGCCCCAGUGGGAGAAACCACUGACGUGCUGGCCGAGGGGGAAGUGACUUUGGAUGCCAAGGUGGAUCCCUCGAGUGACAGGGAGACUAGAGAGGAGGUGUCUGGGAAAACGAGCCCGGAAGAUUCUGUCUGUUAAGCACAUUUAAUAUAAAAAAAAAUACAUGGAAAUAAAAAAGAAAUGGGAGGAAAUGCAUUCUUUAAAAAAAAAAGGAAGAGAGGUAGACAGGCUUUAUUUUAUUGUUGUGUUUUUGUUUUGAUUUUUUCAAGAAUGGCGCAGCAUUUAGGAGGGUGAAUUACAGGGAUUUUAAAUGGUGUGAUUUUUUUUUUUCAUUAUUUGAUAAAUCAGUGCUUUAGUGAAGAUUAGCUAUGCUCAGCACGAAGCUGAGUGUUAGGGCUGAUUCGCUGUGAACAGGGCUGCUCUGGUGAUCUGCUGGGGAGCUGGAGAUCAGGUUUGCUGUUCUGAUUUUCUCAUUCAUACAUGUGCGUUAGUACCUGUUGGAGUUUUGCCACCGCCUUUAAUACAUAGAGAACCCCACAUGCACACUAAGCCUGCUAGGUUAGUUGCCUUUAAUACAUAGAGAACCCCCACAUGCACACUAAGCCUGCUCGGUUAGUUGCCUUUAAUACACAGAGAACCCCCACAUGCACACUAAGCCUGCUCGGUUAGUUGCCUUUAAUACAUAGAGAACCCCCACAUGCACACUAAGCCUGCUCGGUUAGUUGCUUGCAGUAAUUCUAUAAUAAAUCUAAAUAACGCCAAUAAGGAGAUUAUUUGUAUUAUUAUUAUUAUUAUUAUUAUUAUUAUUAUUAUUAUUAUUAUUAUUGACUGCACUCAAGCUGCUGCAAGGAGUGCAGAGGGGCACGGAGAUAUUAAGGGUUAAUGUGCAGGUUGAGUUCACCUGAUGAGGGUAAAGACCUCCUCAGUGAUUUGAAAGGAGAUCUGACCAGCUGGUUGCAUAUUCUGCUACAUGACGUAGCAGCUCAGUGUUGAAACGUGUCACAAGAGUCCUGGUUUGCAGAGACAGUGCAGCACAUAGGAAACUCAAUUGCAAACCCUGUGGAUGUGGAAUGCAUCCACAGCGAGUGGUAGAUUUACUGUGGCAUCGUCUCGCAGUACUAACGUGGCUCACCACCGCUUGAUCCGCUAGAAACAGGCUUGCUAGAUUGAUUCUCUUUGCUGAUCAGGGCAGUUUUGCUGUUUUACCUUGAGAGAUGCCUGGUUUGAAGAGCACCUUUGACAGGUGAGGUCCUGCUGAAUCAGGCCAGCUGCGCGUGAAUCAUUUGGAUUUGCUGAUCAGCCCUGCUUGAAGAAAGUCGAACGAUCGCCAAAACAUUCAAAUAACAACAAUCACAUUCUUUUACAUGCUUGAAGUAAAAAUAGUAAGUCUUUUAUAGUUUGUUUUUUGGUUUUGUUUAUAUAUAUAUAUAUUUAUGUAUAUUAUUUAAUUCUCUUGAAAGUGUUUUAACGUUGGACCAGUUGUUUCAGAAUCGUUCCACUGAAUUUGACCACGGGUCCGGGUGUAAUCCUCUGCUUGCGGUGUGCGUCAGAUUUGUGCGAGUGUCCUGUACAGCUCAGACCGCUGCAGCUGUCGUGGUCUGACUGCAGUUUGUCACGGAGCACUCCACACAAAAAUAAAUAAAUAAAUAAAUAAAUAAAUAAAUAAAUAAAUGAAGGCCUUGAUCACCCAGUAGAAACACAUGAAAAACAGCUGAGGCAAGAGGGACCACUUAAAAUGUAACACACACAUUCCUGUCCCGCAAAGAGAAAGUGGACACCGGAAGAUUCGGACGGGCUGUCGAAUCUGUUCGAGAGAAGCGUUAAGAGUUGGGAAUGUUAAGUUAAGUGCAGGUAGAAGUACUACAUUACCUUUGUUUAAGUCCUUGACUAAUUGAAAUAGUUUCAGUGUCUCCAAUGGAGAGAAGUGAUGCAAACAUGAUUCAGGGGCAGACAGAAGACUCUGUUGAGCGCGGUCGUUCUUUCUGCAGCGCUGAAGAAGUUAACGAAGGAAGUAAAAGGUGGGAGAACGACACGUAGGAGUGCGUUUAGUGGCAUCCUGGGUUGUAGUCCUGAGGUGAGGUGGGGGGUGUCAUUUAGAAGGAGAGUCACAUAGAAAGGCUACAGACUUCAUCUAGACGAGUGACAAUCUCGCAGCCGUACUGGGAUGUUUGCCUGCGGUGUAAACUGUAGCUCUGAGGCGUAGCUUUACAUUUUGGGGAGUGAAAGUAUAAAAACAGUCUAUGUAAUAUUAAACAAAUAAUAAGCGGCUUUGUUUGUAGUAAACUGGGACAAUACUGCGUGCACUUGUAUGAAGAUUGUUUGCCAGUUUUGCAAUAUAACGGUUAGCGACCUCUGUUGACUCUAAUGCAAAACCUUUCACCUAAUAAAUCAAAGCUGGUGGUAUAAUUGUGGGGCACCGUUUACUUGUUAUAUAACACGUGUUUAUUUAUGUGUUUAAAGCACUAAAGUCCCAGGGUCGAAUAGCGUGGAACGGUUCUUUAUAAUGGACAAGAAGCUGGAUGGGACCUCAUUCCUCGGGUUGGAUAAUGCAGCGCUUGCUUGAUCGCAAUAUCGAGUUCACGUUAGCGAUAAUGUCGCCUUUCUUAUUUGUGUUUGUUCUGUAUUACACACCAUGCAUUUUUUUCUAUUUUUUUUUUUUUUAAAACGAUCCAAGCUAUUCAUCUGUUUUAUAAUAUCUGUUAACCUCUUAUUUGUGAAUGCCCACGUGCCCUUUAAAAAAUAUUGUAUUAAACAUGUCAUACAAAUAUACCUAUAAUAAACUGCUCCCCCUUGUA